GUCUAGCCCAGCCUGCUACAACGGCGGGCAGAAUUUCAGCACUCCUCAGUCCCAGAUGCAGGGAAUCACUGAAAAGACCUCCAUGACCACCAAAACGGCAAAGAACCCAGGGCUGAUCGCCAAUAAAAAUCCUGUUCAUCUUUCCCUGCAAACGAAAAGCCACCCAAAACAUGACCAUUUGCAUUUCAGAGAUGCCACAGCAAGAACGGGAGUCCCUAGUCCAGAGGCUGUCAGGAACUUGACCAUCCAGGGUCUGCCCGUAUAUUCUGAGAUCAAUCCAGCAUCCAGCCUGCAGAAACCAGCACGAGGUGAGCCCACUGAUGCACCCCGGAAACCAGAAAUCCCAAGGACUCUCCCCACGCCAAUUCCAGUCGUCUCAGUAGAACCGCCGUCGAAACCCUUGGCCAUCUCAGGAAAAGCGCCGCCUGCUUCCCGGGGGACAGAUCCCAAAACCGCACUGGUGACCGCCAAGCCGAGCACUUCCCAGGUUACAGAACGGAGUGUCUUUCAAGGCCCCGGGCGACCAAAGACCGUCACAAUCUCAGCUGGGAGCUCACGCUCCUCGUCCCAAACCUCGGUUCAUUCAGCUGCCGAAAGCGAAUACAUCCGGCUCAGUGCUUCCCCCUUGCGGCAGUAUUGGGCCAAUCAGAACCUGCUCUUUGCGGCGCUAUUAAUUUGUGCCAUAUUUUUCAUCAGUGUCCUGGUUUUAUUGGCCAUGCAGGCCUAUGAGAGUUACAAGAAUAGAGGUUACACCCAUGUGAACUAUUUGAUUAAUGGAAUGUAUGUAGACUCAGAAAUCUGA